AUGCCGGGCGAUGGCCCACGAAACUACCCUUCCAUGGGUUCUUUCGUCAUGCUACCACUUUCUACCUCCAAUGGCUUUACCAAGGUGGAAAUCCUCAUCUGCGGUGGCUUCCCCAACGAUGGCUAUGCCGCGGCCAAAGCCGACAAUUUCAUGGUUGCCCUAUGCAGCUACGGAAGAAUGGUCAUCACGGACACCAAUCCUUCAAGGAGCAUGGAAGACAAGCCCGGGCCAAGAACCAUGUCGGACAUGCUCAUUCUCCCCAACGAUGAAUUUUUAAUCAUAAACAGAGUAGCCAAAGGUGUGGCCAGGAGAGUCAUGGCGCGUGGCUCCAACUCACACUUCAAUUACAUUUUCAUGGGAACGCGAUUUCCCACGGAGCUUCGUUUGGAUGCGUACAACCCUUAUUAUUUGGAGAUCAUCUAUGUCGUCCUCCGCCCGAUGAUAAUCACCAUGUCUACCACCUCCAAUAUUGCCUACGACACCACCUUCACCGUCACCUUUUUAGUUGCAUUCGGUCUGACGAGUAGUAACAUGAUAAAUUUUAACAUGUACGCUCUACCCUUCACAACUCACACCACAUCCAUGGGCCAAACUCCAAACCAGUAG